AUGGAUCAUGAUCAUGGCUCCCACGGGGGCGGUGGGACGGGAAACACGACCUACCCUGUUACAAACGAAGAACUGGCGCAGCGGUUCUGGUACAUUGUCGCGGGGUUUGUGGGCGCGUUUCUGGUCUGCCGGGUUAUAAACUGGUACAAGUUGGAAAGAAGACUACGACGGCACACGUCGAGUUCCGUCCAAUCUCCAACAAAACCGGACACGGCCUUUCUAGAGCUGUGGGCAACCUUUACGGCCGUGGUUCGUGAAGUUAGCUAUCCCCAGCUGUAUGUCCCAGUAAGGGGGUUUUCCUGGUUGACGCCGCCUCCAGGAGGCCGCGUCAUUGUCCUGUUGGUGUACUGGAUCAUCGUGAUUUACAUGGCCACCGAUGGUGCCAUAUUUCCAGAUGUCUUUCAUUGGGAACGCAUUGGCUAUCGCAACGCUUGGGUCACUAUCACCCAGCUGCCGCUGCUCUAUCUGCUUUCUUCCAAGUGCAACGUUGUAGGCUUCAUCACGGGUAUCAGCCAUGAGAGGCUCAACUGGCUGCACCGAUGGGUGGCCCGCACCAUGCUCGCCACAGGAGCUGUUCACGGCUUCUACUUUUAUGCCGAUUGGGCGCGUUCUGAGCUUGUCGACUAUCAGAUCAAGAUGAUGCCCAUGAUCAAGUAUGGGUUCGGCGCCUGGGGUCUUUUGUUAUGGGCCUGUGUCUCGGGGCUGGCCCCAUUGCGGCGGUUGUCCUAUGAGUUCUUUGUCUUGCAACACAUCGUCACUGCUGUCUUGUUGCUAUGGUUGAUAUACGUCCACAUUCCUGUCGACGCCAGAUACAACCUGUGGUUUGCCAUUGCGGCCCUCUGCUUCGACCGGUUUUGCCGAACAGUGAUGUUGGUUUGGCAGAACGUUAAGGCGUUGCCUGACAAGAAGAGAUGCACGGGAGGACAACGGAUUGGGCAUCAAGCCCAGGUGCGUGCGGUUGGGGACUCGAUCACGGUAGUUACCAUCAAGGAUGUCCACUUCAAGUGGAGAGCUGGACAGCAUCUUUAUCUUUGGAUGCCCCGAGUUGGUAUUGCCGAAGCUCACCCUUACACCAUUGCCUGCGCCCAUCAGCUCCCCGAGACUUGCAUCUGCACCAGCAUUCAACUUGUCGUUCGCAAACACGGUGGAUUUUCCAAACGACUGCACGAAUUAGCGACCAAGGCCCAGUUGGCUGGGAAGAAGGAGAGGCUGACAGCAUUUGUCUCCGGGCCGUAUGGAGCGCCACCGCGGUGGGACAUUUACGAGACCAUAGUACUCAUCUCGGCUUCUACCGGUGCAUCCUUUACGCUGCCCAUUCUCGAAAGUGUGCUCCAACACAAGGGCACAAACUGUGUCAAGAGGAUUGACUUCCUCCUGACCACCAAGCAGGGCGAGGAGAUUGACUUUUAUGUGACGCGACUCCACGAGCUGAUUGAGCAUGCCAAAGGCACAGGCAUCGAGCUCCACGUUCACAUUGCCGUUACCCAGGGGCCGACAUCGUUCCCGGUCAGCCAAGAUGGCGUGACUGCCGACAGCUCGUCUGGUUCCUCUACAGGAACCAACUUUGGACGAGGGAAGAAGGUGGCUGAUGAGAAGAUCACGAGCCAGAGACCAUUAUCCAGUCCCGGCGACAUCGAACAAACAGCACGGGCGAUUCCAGUGGAGCGGAAGAGGUCGAGCCACGCCAGUACGGACUCGCACGUAUUUUACUCGAGUGUCCGACCAGACAUUGAGGCCUACAUCAGAGGACCUGUGGAGGCAACCGGGGGGGAGACCAGCGUCGUUGUAUGUGGCGGCCCAAGUCUUGUUGCCAGGACAAGAAAUUGCGUUGCGAGCCUAUCGGAUGAACGGGCGGUUCACAAGGGAACAGGGGCACAAGGGAUACAAUUAUUUGCUGAAGAGUACAGUUUCUAG